ACCGCGGUCGGAGCCGAACGCGAGGGCGGCGCCCGGGGAUUGAAGCUGCGCGGAGGUGGGCAGCUGGCCUGGAGCUCACAGCCGGGGCACGUGCCAUGGCCCUACACUGGGCUGCCUGGCUGUUGGCAGCGGGGCUCUGGGGCCUAGGCAUUGGGGCUGAGGUGUGGUGGAACCUUGUGCCCCGAAAGACAGUAUCUUCUGGGGAGCUGGCUACGGUGGUGCGGCGGUUCUCCCAAACGGGCAUCCAGGACUUCCUGACGCUGACCCUGACGGAGCGCACCGGGCUCCUGUACGUCGGGGCCCGCGAGGCCCUGUUUGCCUUCAGCAUGGAGGCUCUGGAGCUGCAAGGAGCGAUCUCCUGGGAGGCUCCAGCUGAGAAGAAGACUGAGUGUAUCCAGAAAGGGAAGAGUAACCAGACGGAGUGCUUUAACUUCAUCCGCUUCCUGCAGCCCUACAACGCCUCCCACCUCUACGUCUGCGGCACCUACGCCUUCCAGCCCAAGUGCACCUACAUCGACAUGCUCACCUUCACUUUGGAGCGCAGAGAGUUGGAGGACGGAAAGGGGAAGUGUCCCUAUGAUCCAGCUAAGGGCCACACUGGCCUCCUUGUGGAUGGCGAGCUGUACUCGGCCACGCUCAACAAUUUUCUGGGUACGGAGCCUGUCAUCCUGCGCAACAUGGGGCCCCACCACUCCAUGAAGACAGAAUACCUGGCCUUUUGGCUCAACGAACCUCAUUUUGUGGGCUCUGCCUACGUACCGGAGAGUGUGGGGAGCUUCACAGGGGACGAUGACAAGAUCUACUUCUUCUUCAGCGAGCGGGCAGUGGAGUACGAUUGCUAUGCUGAGCAGGUGGUGGCUCGUGUGGCCCGUGUCUGCAAGGGCGACUUGGGGGGCGCACGGACCCUGCAGAGGAAGUGGACCACAUUCCUGAAGGCGCAGCUGGUGUGCUCUGCCCCCGACUUGCACCUCUACCUCAACCAGUUGCAGGCCACGCACACCCUGCAGGGCGCCUCCUGGCACAACACCACCUUCUUUGGGGUUUUCCGGGCACAAUGGGGCGAUGUGGACCUGUCAGCAGUCUGCGAGUACCAGUUGGAAGAGAUCCAGCGGGUUUUCGAGGGUCCCUACAAGGAGUACCGUGAGCAAGGCCAGAAGUGGGGCCACUAUACGGACCCAGUACCCAGCCCUCGGCCCGGCUCGUGCAUCAACAACUGGCACCGACGCCAUGGCUAUACCAGUUCUCUGGAGCUGCCUGACAACACCCUCAACUUCAUCAAGAAGCACCCGCUGAUGGAGGAGCAGGUGCAGCCUCGGUGGGGCCGUCCCCUGCUCGUGAAGAAGAACACCAACUUCACCCACUUGGUGGCCGACCGGGUGACAGGGCUGGAUGGCGCCACCUACACAGUGCUGUUCAUUGGCACAGGACACGGCUGGCUGCUCAAGGCUGUGAGCCUGGGGCCCUGGGUUCACCUGAUCGAGGAGCUGCAGGUGUUUGACCAGGAGCCGGUGGAAAGCCUGGCACUGUCUCAGAGCAAGAAGCUGCUCUUUGCUGGCUCCCGCUCUCAGCUGGUCCAGCUGCCCCUGGCAGACUGCCUGAAGUACCGCUCCUGCAUGGACUGUGUCCUCGCCCGGGACCCGUACUGUGCCUGGAGUGUCAACACCAGCCGCUGUGUGGCCGUGGGUCGCCACACUGGAUCCCUACUGAUCCAGCACGUGACAGUCUCGGACACCUUGGGCGUUUGUAACUUCCGUGGUGGCAAGAAAGUCAGGCUCACUCCUAGAAACAUCACAGUGGUGGUGGGCACAGACCUGGUGCUGCCCUGCCGCCUCUCCUCCAAUCUGGCCCAUGCCCGCUGGACCUUUGAGGACCAGGACCUGCCCACGGAACAGCCUGGCUUCUUCCUCUAUGAUGCCCGGCUCCAGGCUCUGGUGGUGAUGGCUGCCCAGCCCCACCACGCUGGGGCCUACCACUGUUUUUCGGAAGAGCAGGGAGCACGUCUGGCUGCUGAAGGCUACCUUGUGGCUGUGGUGGCAGGCCCGUCGGUGACCCUGGAGGCCCGGGCACCCCUGGAAAGCCUGGGUCUGGUGUGGCUGGCGGUGGUGGCCCUGGGGGCCGUGUGCCUGGUGCUGUUGCUGCUGGUUUUGUCACUGCGCCGGCGCUUGCGGGAAGAGCUGGAAAAAGGAGCCAAGGCAGCUGAGAGGACCCUGGUGUACCCUCUGGAGCUGCCCAAGGAACCCACCAGUCCCCCCUUCCGGCCCGGCCCUGAAACAGAUGAGAAACUCUGGGAUCCCGUUGGCUACUACUAUUCGGAUGGCUCCCUCAAGAUUGUGCCUGGACACGCGCGGUGCCAGCCUGGGGGUGGGCCCCCUUCGCCACCUCCCGGCAUCCCUGGCCAGCCCCUGCCGUCUCCAACCCGGCUUCACCUGGGCGGUGGGCGGAACUCAAAUGCCAACGGUUAUGUGCGCCUACAGCUGGGAGUGGAGGACCGCGAAGGGCUUGGGAACCCCCGGCCUGAGCUGGCCGACGAGCUGAGACGCAAACUGCAGCAGCGCCAGGCGCUGCCCGACUCCAACCCCGAGGAGUCCUCGGUAUGAGGGCCCCACACCGCGGGGAACGCGGGAGGAGCAGCUCCUACUUUUGCACAGGCACCAGCUACCUCAGGGACAUGGCAUGGGCACCUACUCUGCCUGGGACAGGCCCUGCCCAGCACCCGCCCGGCCAUGAGGACCUGCUUUGCUCAGCGUGGGCACUGCCACCUGGCACAGCUCAUCAGGGCACCAGCCUCACGGCAGGCACCUUCCUCUUCUGUGAAUCACGGACACAUGGGACCCCAGCAGCCAAAACUUUUCAAGGCAGAAGUUUUAAGAUGUGGGUGUGUUUGUGUGUAGAUGUGUUUGCACGUGUGUGUGUGUAUGUGUGCGGGGGGCGCGGAGCCUUCCUGUUUCUGUCAGUCUUCCCUUGGCCUGGGGUCUUCCUGGCGAGUCAUUGGAGCUAUGAAGGGGAAGGGGUCAUGGCUUUGCCCUUCCUACCCCCACCUGUCCCGAGCUUGGGGGCAGCGAUGUACAUAUGGGGGUGGGGUGGGCAGGGUGCCAUACCCCUUGA